GGGAGGGGAGAGGCACACCCUGGGUUUCCCACCCCACUUCGCCACCACCUUUGGGAAGCAUUGGCUGAGGAGUUUGGGAGACACCCCUGUUUUGUUCCCCAACUGUUUAGCAAACACAGUGAUGGCUCCAAGGAAACGACCUGGGGGUCAUCAGGCCCAGUGGCUGGACCUUUCCUCCUCUCAGCUUAGCACCCAGAGCCAUCAACUGGACACAGCUGGGAUCCCUGUCCCAGGGGCGGGCAGGGGCCAUUCAGAGAGGGCGUAGCAGUCAUUUCUCUGCCUGCACACCCACCCACAGACAGCCUGCUGGCAUAUAGGCUCUGGGUCUGGGUUCAAAUCCUGUCUCUGCCACUUCCCAGCUCUGUGGCCUCAGGUACAGGAUGCCUCUUCCAGGAAUCCCCCCUCAGUUGGCCCGAGCCCACCAGGCCUGGAUCUCACUUCUAGGGCACCUCCAGUUCUGUUGGUGUCCUGUCUUGGUCUGUUUUGAGGCCCUUUCUCAAGGGAAGUCCCUUCUGGAGAGUGACAUGUCCCCUCAAUGCUCAGGACAGACCCUGCUCAUCUCGUUCUGCCUGGACAAGGCUAAGCUGAUGUUUGUGGAGUACCUGCUAGGUACCAGGCACUGAGGUAAACAGGUUACAUGCGUGACCUCAUUUCACGCUCACAACUACCCUAUGAGUUGGUCCGUUUAGCCAAACGUUUAUUAAGUUGCCAAUUGUGUGCCAAGUAUUGUUCUAUUGCAGGGGACACAGCAGCGAACAAAAGACAGGCCUGGUGGAGGUGAGGGAAGAAGCUGUGUGGGUGUCUGGGGAAGAUGCUCCAGGCAGAGGGAAUGACAGGUGCAAAGGUCCUGGGGCAGGGCCAUGCCUGGAGAUUUGGAGGAACAGAGAGGAGGCCUGUGUGGCUGAAGCAUGCUGCUUAGAGGAUUACCAUGUCUGCUCAAGAUGGAGGAGGCCGGGAUCCUCCCAAACCCAAGGGCAAGAAUCUGGGCAGCUUCUUUGGGUCCCUGCCUGGCUUCAGCUCUGCCCGGAACCCGGUGGCUCACGCCCACAGCUCAGCGGGAGAGGCCCAGCCGGUCGCCCAUCCCACAGGCGCUCCAGCCGCCGAGACUGCGCAGCCCCAGGCUCAGGUGGCCACCGACCCGGAGCAGACGACCAGGGGCGUUGAGAAGACGCUGCCGCUUUCAGACAGGGUCAUCUCCGGGACAAACGACCUAGUGUGGUCCAAGAUGACCAGGACCAAGGAUGCCUUCUCAUCUGGGAUGGCCAACGUUGUGGACACAGCUAAAGGCGUGGUCCAAGGAGGCCUGGGCAUGACCCAGUCCAUGCUCACAGGCACCAAGGAUGCAGUGUCCACUGGGCUCACUGGGGCAGUGAACAUGGCCAAGGGCACCGUCCAAACUGGCAUGGACACCACCAAGACUGUCCUCACUGGCACCAAAGAUGCAGUGUCUGCUGGCCUCACUGGAGCAAUGGGUGUGGCCAAAGGAACCGUCCAGACUGGCGUGGACACCACCAAGACCGUCCUCACUGGCACCAAAGAUGCAGUGUCCACUGGACUCACUGGGGCAGUUAACAUGGCUAAGGGCACUGUCCAAACGGGCAUGGACACCACCAAGACCGUCCUCACUGGCACCAAAGAUGCAGUGUCUGCUGGCCUCACUGGAGCAAUGGGUGUGGCCAAAGGAACCGUCCAAACUGGCGUGGACACCACCAAGACCGUCCUCACUGGCACCAAAGAUGCAGUGUCCACUGGACUCACUGGGGCAGUGAACAUGGCUAAGGGCACUGUCCAAAUGGGCAUGGACACCACCAAGACCGUCCUCACUGGCACCAAAGAUGUAGUGUCCGCUGGCCUCACUGGAGCAAUGGGUGUGGCCAAAGGAACCGUCCAGACUGGCGUGGACACCACCAAGACCGUCCUCACUGGCACCAAAGAUGCAGUGUCCACUGGCCUCACUGGGGCAGUGAACAUGGCUAAGGGCACUGUCCAAACGGGCAUGGACACCACCAAGACCGUCCUCACUGGCACCAAAGAUGCAGUGUCUGCUGGCCUCACUGGAGCAAUGGGUGUGGCCAAAGGAACCGUCCAAACUGGCGUGGACACCACCAAGACCGUCCUCACUGGCACCAAAGAUGCAGUGUCCACUGGACUCACUGGGGCAGUGAACAUGGCUAAGGGCACUGUCCAAACGGGCAUGGACACCACCAAGACCGUCCUCACUGGCACCAAAGAUGCAGUGUCCACUGGGCUCACUGGAGCAAUGGGUGUGGCCAAGGGGGCCGUCCAGACUGGCAUGGACACCACCAAGACCGUCCUCACUGGCACCAAAGAUGCAGUGUCCACUGGCCUCACUGGGGCAGUGAACAUGGCUAAGGGCACUGUCCAAACGGGCAUGGACACCACCAAGACCGUCCUCACUGGCACCAAAGAUGUAGUGUCCGCUGGCCUCACUGGAGCAAUGGGUGUGGCCAAAGGAACCGUCCAGACUGGCGUGGACACCACCAAGACCGUCCUCACUGGCACCAAAGAUGCAGUGUCCACUGGGCUCACUGGGGCAGUGAACAUGGCCAAGGGCACCAUCCAGAUGGGUAUGGACACCACCAAGACUGUCCUGACAGGCACCAAAGAUGCAGUGUCCGCUGGGCUCACUGGGGCAGUGAACAUGGCCAAGGGCACCGUCCAGAUGGGUAUGGACACCACCAAGACCGUCCUCACUGGCACCAAAGAUGCAGUGUCCACUGGCCUCACUGGAGCAAUGGGUGUGGCCAAAGGAACUGUCCAGACUGGCGUGGACACCACCAAGACUGUUCUCACUGGCACCAAAGAUGCAGUGUCCACUGGGCUCACUGGAGCAAUGGGUGUGGCCAAGGGGGCCGUCCAGACUGGCGUGGACACCACCAAGACCGUCCUGAUGGGCACCAAAGAUGCAGUGUCCACUGGGCUCACUGGGGCAGUGAACAUGGCCAAGGGCACUGUCCAAACGGGCAUGGAUACCACCAAGACCGUCCUCACUGGCACCAAAGAUGCAGUGUCCACUGGGCUCACUGGGGCAGCGAAUGUGGCUACAGGGGCUGUGCAGACUGGGCUGAACACAACCCACGAUGUUUCCACUGGCACAAGGAACACCAUCUCCAGUGGCAUGGCUGGUGCCAUGAAUGCGGCCAGCACUGCUGCCCAGUGGGGUCUGGACACCUCGAAGGCUGUCCUCACCGGCACCAAAGACGCCAUGUCUACUGGGUUCACCAGGGUAGGGAAUGUGGCCCGAGGAGGUGUGCAGACUGGUCUCGGAACCAUCCAGAACUGGUUACCUGGUUCCCAGGAUGCUGCCUCAGGUGGACUCGCCACUUCUGGAGCCCCAGCUGAAGGAGAACAAACCAUCCUGAACCCUCAUGAGGCUCAGUCAUGUGGGGUCUCCAGGCCCCCGGACACUCUGUGUGCACGCCUGGACCUUGCUGGGAAAGCCACCACCAAUACCAAGAGCCUCGUGUCAGCUGAGGUGACAUUCACCCAAGGGGCCGCCCUGGGCAAGGAGGAUGACGUAGGGCCUGGGGCCACCACUUGCGGCCAGGAAGGAGCCCGGGGCUUUGCAACACUCCGGGACGAGCUGGAGGAGCUGGGGGAGAUCUUCCAGCCCAUGAGCGCCGAGGAGCAAGCUCAGCUGGCUGCCUCCCAGCCCCGGCUGAGGGAGGCCACGGACGACCAAAGCAGCUACUUCGUGCGUCUGGGCGACUUGGACCCCAGCUUCCGCCAGCGGGCUUUCGAGCAUGCCCUGAGCCACCUGCAGCAAGGCCAGUUCCAGGCCCUGGACGUGCUGGCCCAGCUCGAGGACGCCUUCUGGCUGAUUGAGAAGGCCCAGCAGGCUCCAGACCAGCAGCCGUGGCCGGACCAGGAUCUGAUCAGCCAAGCCGGCAGCCGAGAGGUGCGUACCAGGGGGCCGGCGCUCCUGCCCCUCCCCUCCAGUCCCGCUCACCUCCCUCCUUCCGCCCACAGGUGCCAGCCGCCGGGGCUCUGUCCAGGGUCUGCAGCCUUGUCCAGCAGCUCCAUGUGGCCUACAGCAGCCUGGCCUCCGGCCUCCAGGGCCUCCCCGCUGAGCUCCGGUGGCAGCUCAGGCAGGCGCGGCACAGCCUCUGCGAGCUCCACGGCGUUGUCUCCUCUGCCGCCUCCGUGGAGGAGCUGCCGGCCGAGCGCCUGGCCCAGAGCCGCCAGUGUGUACGCCAGGCGUGGCAGGGGCUGGAGCAGCUGCUGGAGGGUGUGCAGCACAGCCCUCCGCUCAGCUGGCUGGUGGGGCCCUUCGCCCUGCACCCCGAUGGGCAGCAGCUGUAGGAGCUCCUCCCCCGCCCAAAACCAGCCCCAGCCCCCGGAAGCUCCGGGCCUUGACGGCUGGCGCCCCACCUUUCUCCCUGAGCAUGGCUGGCCCUUCUCCUGGCUGAGACCCUCGACGGCAGCGGGGGGGCCCGGGCUUCGCCUGAGACCUCAAGCAAGCGCUUCAUUUAGGAACAAGAAGAGGAGUCGUGCCUAUCUUGAAGGUUCUCCACUCAACACCCCCAGUAGGGCCCUUUUAUCUUUUACCUCUGGGGGGGUCUUCCACCCCAGCCUGGGCCCUCUAGCUAUACCAGCUUGGCAGGCGGCCCCGCUCCUCCAUCCUGGGCUCCAGGCAGCUCCAUCCUCACUCUGAAAGCCUACGCCCCUCAGCAAACAGCACAUGCCAGAAGGUACCAGAACGCCACCAUCAUCCUGAGGCAGGUAGGCCCCCACCACCUCUGCCGACCCCCGGCCUGGCCCAGGGGCUUCAUGAAGGCAAAGCCGCAGCAGCCACUGACAGCUGAGGACGAGACUGUCCGGGCGGGGGUGGGGUGAGUAUAUGUCCCUUCCUGCUGCAGCCCACUCACCCAGCAGCGACCCCUGGUCAUGGGUGAUCACAAAGAUCCCACAGAUGAUGUUCUCAGGUCCCUGGGCCCAGAGGCUGCCAAUGAAGGAAUCAAGAGGCUCCCUCACAAGGGAUGGGGCUCUAGGGAGCACGUGACAAAAUGUGCUCGAGGAACUUCCAGGUGGUCCCGUGGUAAGGACUCUGUGCUUUCGCUGCUGAGGGUGUGGGUUAGAGGCCUGGUUGGGGAACUAAGAUCCCACAAACCCCACAAGGCGCAGCCAAAAAAACCAAAAACAGAAACACGUGCUCGACACACGUUCAGGUCUCGGUCACGUGCUCCAGGCCGGAGACCAGCAGCCCCUGGACAAGGGCCCCUUCCUUCCCGCUGUGCUCCCCCUGGAUCCUUGGGGCGCCCUGCGCGGUGGGCUGCACAUGGGAAGGUGGGACAACAGAGGGCCGGUCCCCCUGCUCCCCGGGAGAUGCUGAGGGAGCUGCGUCAGAGGUCCAGCGGCCUGAGGCUUGUCAAGCCCCCGCUUCCCACGCCUGCAGCCCCCCUAUCUGGCCCCCUCCUUGACAGAGGAAGCAAAGCGGCCCCGCUUCUCAGAAAUCACCGGGUGCUCCAAGCCCUGGGACGGAUGGGCCAGCUCUCCCCAGAGGGUCACCACGGCUGCUGGGGGCCACAAGAGGCCCUGCGCCACAGGAGCGGGCCAAGGCAAGACACGGGGACCAGUCCGGGACCUUCCCCGUGCCUUUCCUUCCUCACUCCCCAUCACGGAUGGCCCUCGGAGGGGGUGACACUGGAAACAGUCGUUCACGGA